GAGGAUGUGAGGCUAAUUGUGAAACGGUUAUUCCCUCAACUUUCUGGAAUCAGGGACAUCCAGAAGGACUGAUCAACGUGAAGGUGUUAGUGGAUUACAUAUCUCUCUAGUUUGUAUCAGCGGAGCAUCUUGCCUGGGAUGUAGCUCUUUGUGCACAGGAUAAGAAGUGGGAAAGAGGAAUUUACCAAAACAAAAUACAUUUUACAACCAGAUCAACACAUAAUAAUCAAAGCUUGAGCAUUGUGUGUAGUGAUGCUAUCAGCACUGGUCUUACAGACAACAUGGACUGCUGGGCCACCAAUUACGCGAGGUUUCAACUGAGACGUUUGACUUGCGAGCUGAACAAGCACGACAACAGGCGAGCCACCGCAGUGUAGGGGGUAGAAGAUCUGCUUUUGCUUUCCUCUCGUCAAAGACAUUUGGACUGACAAUGAAACGGCGACGCAAGUAUUGGUUUUGGAGACGGAAAGGUAAAAACGCAAAGAUGUGUCUGCUCUGCUGUUAUGAGAGGAAUGAUAACGCGGUGUGUUUCCAGUCCACGUGUGCUGAUGAAAAAGCUUGCGUGCCUGUGAAAAUCGAGCCCUCCGCAGCCGUGGGCAGUGGUUCGUCAUGCAGGCACACGAGCAACUCCAGCGUGCACGCGUGUCUGAGUCGAGCAGGCGGUGGCGGCAGUGAGAAGAGCCGGGUCAAUGGGAGAAGUUCUGGCAAGAGGCCACUGUCACAGUCCAAACCACCAGUGCCUCCCAAACCAGCAUACCUUCAGAGCCCGGUGACAGAGCUCUCAUCACCACUGGCUCACAAGCAGAAACCCCAAUUUAGACCAGGGAUGGAGGAGGGAGGAGGUGGAGGAGGAGGAAGGGGGGCAACAAACCGGGAGAGAGUGAGAAUCAAACACUCCAAAGUAUCAGACCUCAUCAGCCGAUUUGAGGAGAACAGCAACACGGACACCAAGAGAGACAGCUCGCCACUCAAACAGAGCAGCAAGUCGGCCAACUCCAGCCCCGCGCCCCGGACCUCCCACAAACUGACGGAGGCUGCCAAGAUUGAGGAGAACCACUCCACAGUAGCACUGGACUCCGUGGCGACCAAACCGCAGGAUGCCCACAUACCCACGGCUAACGGGUUGCUAACGCAGAUGGAGCAGGAGAAGGAGGUGGCGAAACAGGCGUGCAACAUUGAAAAUGGCAGAAUAGAGAGCUCGGAGCUGGUCAAUGGAGAUAUGGGACUCACAGACAGAAGGGACGAGGACUCGAGUUCACGCACUGACAGGACUGGUUCAGAAAGCUCCCAUGAGUAUGAGGAGAGUGGGACUAACACACAACAGGACCAUGCAAAAGAAGAGGCGAGCACAGAGCAGAAGGAGACAAAUGAGCAGAAACUGUUUAAGAUUGCCAGUGAGCUCUUGCAUACGGAGAAGGCCUACGUGACUCGACUCAACUUGCUGGAUCAGGAAUUUUGUGCCAAACUCAUGGAGGAGGCAAAUAAAGGAACAUUUCCAGUGGAUGUGGUGAAAAACAUCUUCUCCAACAUCUCCUCAAUCAACACUUUUCACAGUCAGUUUUUGCUUCCUGACUUAGAGACACGGAUGGGAGAAUGGGAGUCCACACCUCGCAUUGGAGAUAUCCUCCAGAAGCUCACACCCUUCCUCAAAAUGUACGCAGAGUAUGUGAAGAACUUUGACAAGGCCAUGGAGCUGCUGAAACACUGGAGCGACCGAUCGCCACAGUUCAAGUCCAUCAUUCAGGAGAUUCAGAGUCAAGAGGCCUGUGGCAGCCUUACACUUCAACAUCACAUGUUGGAGCCCGUACAGAGAGUCCCUCGCUACGAGAUGCUCCUCAAGGACUACCUGAAGAAACUUCCUCAAGAUGACCCGGACAGACGGGAUGCGGAGAAAUCCUUAGAAAUCAUCGCCAUGGCAGCGACUCACUCCAACAGCGCCAUUCGGAAAUCUGAGAAUCUGAAGAAAUUGAUGGAGAUUUACGAGAUGCUCGGUGAGGAGGAGGACAUCGUUCACGCCUCGAACGAGUUCAUCAAAGAAGGUCACAUCCUGAAGCUGGCAGCCAGGAACACCUCGGCCAUGGAGCGAUACCUCUUCCUGUUCAACAACAUGCUAUUGUACUGCGUGCCCAAAUUCAGCCUCGGGGGACCCAAGUACACAGUUAGGACGCGCAUCGGCAUUGACGGCAUGAAAGUUCUGGAAACCACCAAUGAGGACUAUCCUCACACCUUCCAGGUUUCAGGCAAGGAGAGAACUUUAGAGCUACAAGCCAGCUCCGAGCAGGACAAGGCGGGCUGGAUUAAGGCAUUCCGAGAGACCAUUGAGGUCUUCCAGCAAAAAAACGAGUCGUUCAAGAAUGCGUCCAAGGAUGUGGAGGAGGUAUCGAAUGCCGAGUUGGGGAAGCGUGCUCCUCGCUGGAUACGAGACAACGAAGUGACAAUGUGCAUGAAAUGUAAAGAACCUUUCAACGCCCUCACAAGACGGCGACAUCACUGCAGAGCUUGUGGCUACGUGGUGUGCUGGAAAUGCUCGGACAACAAGGUGCCGCUGGAGUACGACGGCAACAAAGUGAACAAAGUCUGCAGGGACUGUUUCUCCAUCCUGACAGGAGAAACCAUCGCUGAGGGCAAGAAGAAAGGCAUCCUGGAGAUCGAGGCGGCUCAGUUCACAGGCAGCAGCAUCAUGUGUGGCUUCCUGCAGUACUGCGAGAAGACCAAACCCUGGCAGAAGGUGUGGUGUGUCAUCCCUGAGAAGGAGUGCCUGGUGCUCUACCUCUACGGAGCUCCUCAGGACGUGAGGGCCCAGAGCACCAUCCCUCUGCUCGGCUACUCGGUGGACGACAGCAGCCGCCCCGCGGAGCCCCAAGCCAGUUUCCGCCUGUCGCAGUCCAAGUCCGUCCACAACUUCGCCGCCGAGAGCGAGGAGCUCAAGCAGCGCUGGCUCAAAGCGAUCCGUGUGGCCGUGAUGGGUGAGGUGCCCGAGCGCCCUCACACCAACGGCGGCCACGCGGCUGACGGCGCCGCGCAGGAAGCGGCCUCGGACAGCUCGUGAGGAUGCAGAGACUUUGUCUCCGGUUUGUGGGACGGAGUUCUGUUUGCUGGGCCAAAAAGGACAACGCAAGUGCUGAAUCAAUUGCCUUUUUUUCCCCUCCCCACACUUUUGAUCUUGAAUGCCUUCCAGAGCUGCGCUGGAUUACUAAAAGAACACUAGGACUAAAAUGCUCUCUGUGUCAGCGUUCCCUUGAGCCUGUGGACUUGCACCAUCUGUACAGUGUCAAAACCUUGUUUUGAUAGCGUAGAAAAAGACCAGACAACCUGAUAGAAAUUGUCAGUAUUCUCCCUCUUUUUUUUAUUAACCGCGAAGACGAUAAUGGCGUCCGUCACACUCACAUUGGCUCGUCUGAGUAAAGCCACGGAAUAAUAAAUAGGUAGUUAUUCUACACGGAGCAUCUUCCACACGGCUGCUGUGGAAUCAGUUAGCAUGCACUGCAUAUUUAAUGCAGACAAUUAAAGUCCCUUCACAAAAAAAGGUCAAUUGAUUGCGCUCCAGCCCAGAUAUAUAAAGCUUUUAAUACAAAAUAAAAACUGCUGUAAUUACACUAUUAUUAUCCAUAAUAAUAAUGAUGAAGUAGAAGUCAGCUGUGACAGGCUCCAGCGACCGCAAUGAGGACACGCAGGAAGAAAAUGAAUAGGUAAGUCCAAAUCAAACAAUUACAUUGGGUCCCUAAUUAAACUUCCUCCACUUUUCCCGUAGCGUAGGAGCCUCCAUGUUAAGUCAAUCAUGUAAACGAAAUAAAUACCCUUUGGGUAGAAUGCUGUACCAUUUUUUUGUUUGCUAAUCAAAACAGGAGGCGCGUUUCGGUGCUGAACAACGAUGAGAGCUAACGGCCUCGGCCACAGGUCACGUGCCGGACUGAAUGGUUCAACUAAUGACUGUAGUCUGCAUGGAGCAGCUUCUCUCUUUAGCCUCAAAUGCACAAUCUGAUGUUAACAAGCUCGUGCAAGAAUUGUAAAUGUUUUGUUUUUUAUUAAUGCUGUAAGUAAUUGUAUUAUUUAAAGAGCUGUUGGAAAGUAGCACAAAUUUGUCUCCGGAGGAGUAAAAAAAUAAAUAAAAUCCAUGCAUCAAUCCAUUUUCUUCCGGUUAUCCGAGGGCGGGUUGCGGUGGCGGUAGAUUUCGAAACACCUCCCCAGGGAGGCGUCUUCAUUUUGUCAGGUGUUCUUUCGUGAGACAACAUGCAGUGGACGUUGCCGACAAGUUUAUCGUUUGAAAGCACCUCCUCAGUAUCCAUAUGAAAAAAAAGCACAAAGCUUCCAACUGUGUGCAGGUUCCGAAUGUACAGCCAACAUUUAUUUGUAUCCUCGCAUCCCCUCACCCCCAAACGCUUGAGAAGUGUACAAAUGCAUUAAAUAUUAUUUAUGUUGAUCCA